AUGGCUAACGAAGACGAGAGUCUAACAGUAAAGUGUGGAUAUUCACUAGAAAACUGGAAGAGCAAAACAACUAUAUACAUCCAGAAUAAUCAUAUCAAGCCGAAUAUUCCAGAAUCGUAUUUUAUCAUGCGUGAGGUACAGAAUAAUUUCCGCAUUAACAUUAUUCCUACACUAUUCUAUAUUUACAUUAGUGAUGCCAGUGUCGAUACUAACACGGUGGUGAAGGAUAUUGAAGAGGCUGGCGCAAUAGGUGCUGGAGGGAUGGAGCUCCUCGGCCUCUACAACUACGGCGGUUCGCUGGCACCACAGCCCGCUGGUGCCGACUGGGCUACGUAUGGCUUUGGUACACCGGCAUUCAACGCCAUUUUCAAGGCCUCACUGCAGAGUGCAAAGAGCACAGGCAUGAUCUUUGACUUUGCUCUGGGUCCGAGUCAAGGUCAAGGCGUUCCAGCCAAUCCAAAUGAUGAGGGGCUUCAUUGGGAUUUGGCACCAUUUAAUGUCAGUGUUCCGCCGAAUGGCGCAUACAACGGUCAAAUUCUCGGUUGGGGAACAGGUGAACUUGUUUCUCUGGUGUCCGCGCGGGUCGUGAACACCUCUACAGUUGUCAAUCCCGCGAGCAGUCUCUUUUCCACCCCUGCAAAUAACGCAACACGCUUGGUCCUGGCAGCAGGAUCACUAGUGGAUCAUACAGAUGCGGUCAGUGUUGAUGGAAAAGUUUCGCUGUCAUUCAAUGUUAGCGAACAUUCAACCUAUCGUCUUUUUGCCUACUAUCAGUACCAGGACCUUGUUAAAAACCUUGACAUCCACGAAAGCUCUACAGGAAGCAUUUUCGAUAAUGGCUCCUACACAGUUGAUCACUUCAGCGCUCGUGGUGCUCAAACUACGAUUGACUUUUGGGAGAACUACAUCUUGAAUGAUACUGAUAUCAAGUCCCUUUUCCAAGAGGUCGGCCGCUAUGGCUGGGAAGACAGCAUCGAAAUCAAGUCUAACAUUUCCUGGUCACCUUCCCUUCCAGGUAUUUUCGAGCAGAUCAACGGCUAUCAGCUGGGCAAGUACCUUCCUCUCGUCAUGUACGGAAAUAAUAACCCCGGCGUGCAGCCGUCAUACCCUGGUAAUCUGGAAUGCGUCUUGGACCGUGAGAAUCAGGGACAAGGCUACGUCAAUGACUUCCGUGAUGCUCUAGAAAAAGGAUAUCAAGUUUACUUGGACACGCUUUCAGCCUGGCUAGAGGGUCUGGGCUUAGGCUACUCAGCCCAAGUCUCCUACAACCUGCCGAUCAACAUGGAAGUAAAUAUCAAUCAUGUCCUCGCCCCGGAGUGUGAGAGUCUUGCGUUCAACAAUAACAUCGAUGGAUAUCGUCAGUUUUCGGGCGUCGCAAAUCUCGCUAAUCUCGCUCAGAAGAACGUGAUUCCGAAUGAAAUGGGCGCUAACUUAGAAAAGGCAUUUGCUCUUCCGGUCAGUGAGCUACUUGGGCAGAUCAAUACAGCUUUUGCCGGUGGCGUCAAUCAGAUUGUGUUACACGGCCAGUCAUAUACUGGUGACUACCACAAGACAACGUGGCCGGGGUAUACAUUUUUCUUCAUACUUACUGCAGAAUCCUACUAUAACAAGCAGCCUGCAUGGGGCCAUGGGUUCUCAGACGUUAUUAAUUAUAUCAGCCGGAAUCAGUAUAUCUUGCAGGCUGGCCAGCCACGAACCGACAUUAUUCUGUAUAAUAGAGUUUCAAUGACUGAUCUUCAGCUUGAGGCUUUGUACUCUGCCAAUAAUAUGAUUAAUACAGAUUAUACUUACACUUAUCUAUCACCUGCAAACUCGAAUCUCUCGCAAGCAUCUGUGGCAGGCGGCCUUUUGGCCCCUCAUUCCCCCGCCUACAAAGCAAUUGUCGUAACAAGCGAUCAGAAUGUCACUUUGGCUGGUGUCAAUAAGCUCCAACAGUACGCCGAUGCCGGACUCCCCGCCGCGGUCUACGCUGCUUUAGAGGCACUCAGGAGUUCUCCAAGCGUCUAUACCACUGGGUUUGGGCAAAUUGCUUUAAAGCUCGAGCAGCUCAACCUCACUCCGCGCGUCGCAGUUCAUUCUAAUGGCACCUGGUAUCCGGUUCUUCGGAUGGAUAAUAACACGGACUACCUUUUUAUCUUCUCCAAAGAAUCGGCUUCUCAAGGCAAGCUCACUGUUAGCUCAACCAAGACACCUUACCUUCUGGAUAGCUGGACUGGCAAGCGAAGCCCUUUCCUCCAUUACAAGAGAAGCGGGAACACGACAGUAAUUCCUCUUCAGCUUGCUGCGAAUCAAACGAUCGCUUUUGCCUUCAGCAACGAGUUGAAGUAUGAAAUUGAGACCCCGUCUCUUCACGCUUCACGUGUUCCCUCAACCGUCCUGGGUUAUGAUUACAGCACCUCUGCACACAUCCACCGACCCCUGCAACGACUGCGUGUUCCAACUCUCCAACGGAACUACCUAUGA